GCCAGUGACCUAGAGGGAGCGAGGGCCACCGCGUGGACACCAUGGACCUGAAGGCUGUGUUUUGUGUAGCUGUGUUAGCGGCGUCCGCCAGGGCCGCGCCGUCUCCCUAUCCUGGCGGCCACGCCGAGUCCUACGUAGCAAUUUCUCACAUCGCGCCGGCGCCCAUCCACGCGGCGCCCGUCCCGGUGCACGCGCCGCCGGUGUACUACAGGCCGGCGCCCGUCCUAGUCCACGAGCCGGUGGCGCACCCCAAGUACGCGUACAAGUACGGCGUGGAGGACGCGCACACCGGCGACUACAAGGACGCCAAGGAGGAGCGCGACGGCGGCGUGGUGAAGGGCGAGUACUCGCUGCUGCAGCCCGACGGCACCAAGCGCACCGUGCACUACACGGCCGACCCCCACAACGGCUUCAACGCCAUCGUGUCGUACAGUGGGCACGCCAUCCACCCACCGGUCGCGCCGCCGCCCAAGUACGUGGCGCUGGCGCCCGCCCCGGCGCACCCUGGGCCGGGGCCCGGACCCUACGGGCCCUACGGCCCUUACGGCUACCACUAG